CUGCAGUUCACUCAGCCCACCUUGCUUUACUGAGGAGGACCGAUUCAGCCUAGAAGCUCUCCGCAUGAUCCAUAAGCAAAUGGAUGAUGACAAAGAUGGUGGUAUUGAAGUAGAUGAAAGUGAUGAGUUUCUAAGGGAAGAUAUGCAAUACAAGGAUGCUUCUAAUAAACACAGUCACCUGCACAGAGAAGAUAAACACAUUACCAUUGAGGAUCUGUGGAAACGCUGGAAAACGUCCGAAGUUCAUAACUGGACUCAAGAGGACACUCUUCAGUGGCUGUCAGAAUUUGUUGAACUGCCCCAAUAUGAAAAGAAUUUUAGAGACAGCAAUGUCAAUGGGACAACACUUCCCAGGAUAGCAGUAAACGAACAUGCUUUCAUGAUCUCUCACUUGAAAAUAAUUGACCGGAGCCAUAGACAGAAGCUUCAGCUUAAAGCCUUGGAUGUUGUUCUAUUUGGACCUCUCACACGUCCCCCUCACAACUGGAUGAAGGAUUUUAUAUUAACAGUUUCUAUAGUUAUUGGUUUUGGAGGCUGCUGGUUUGCAUAUACACAGAACAGAACCUCAAGAGAACAUAUCACAAAAAUGAUGAAGGACUUAGAAAGCCUCCAAACAGCAGAGCAAAGUCUUCUUGACUUGCAGGAAAGGCUUGAGAAGGCACAAGAAGAAAAUAGAAAUGUUGCUGUGGAAAAGCAAAAUCUGGAGCGCAAAAUGAUGGAUGAGAUCAAUGAUGCAAAACGGGAAGCUCAUCGCCUAAGGGAGUUGAGGGAGGGAGCUGAAUGUGAGCUCAGCAGACUCAAAUAUGCAGAGGAAGAGUUAGUACAGGUUCGCAUGGCUUUAAAAAAAGCUGAGAAGGAGUUUGAGCUGAGAAGUAAUUGGUCUGUUCCUGAAGCUUUGCAGAAGUGGCUUCAGUUAACACAUGAAGUAGAAGUACAGUAUUACAAUAUCAAAAGACAGCAUGCAGAAAUGCAAUUAGCAAUCGCCAAAGAUGAGGCAGAAAAGAUAAAAAAGAAGAGAAGCACUGUAUUUGGAACAUUACAUGUUGCACACAGCUCUUCCCUAGAUGAAGUGGACCAGAAAAUCCUUGAAGCAAAGAAAGCACUCUCUGAGUUGACGACAUGUUUGCGAGAGCGUCUCUAUCGAUGGCAACAAAUUGAGAAGAUUUGUGGUUUUCAAAUAGCACACAAUUCUGGGCUACCAAGCUUGACCUCCUCUCUCUACUCUGAUCACAGCUGGGUAGUUAUGCCUCGAGUUUCCAUUCCUCCUUACCCAAUUGCAGGGGGAGUUGAUGACUUAGAUGAAGAUACUCCUCCAAUAGUUUCACAAUUUCAUGGGUCCAUUGUAAAACCUCCCAGCACACUGGCAAGAAGCAGUAGCUUGUGUCGAUCAAGACGCAAUGUUGUACCAUCAUCUCCACAGUCUCAGCAUGCUUUGCACUCCCCUGACCCUGACAUCCUUUCUGUGUCAAGCUGCCCAGCUCUUUAUCGAACUGAAGAGGAGGAGGAAGCCAUUUACUUCUCUGCUGAUAAACAAUGGGAAGUACAGGAAACAGGUUCGGAAUGUGACUCCUUAAAUUCAUCCAUUGGAAGGAAGCAGUCUCCUCCAGCAAGUCUUGAGAUGUACCAGACACCUUCUCCUCAGAAAGUAUCCCCGGAAGAAUUCUCACUGGAGGAAUCAUCUACAGGAGACUCCUCUUCUCUAACUGCAGAUAUUUCUAGGGGCUCUCCUGACUGUGUAGGCAUGGCAGAAACUAAGAGCAUGAUCUUUAGUCCUGCAAGCAAAGUUUAUAAUGGAAUCCUGGAGAAGUCCUGCAGCAUGAACCAGCUUUCAACUGGGAUCCCAGUCGCAAAGCCUCGGCACACCUCAUGCUCUUCAGCCAGCAGUGAUAGUAAACCCAGCCAUGAAGCUGCUUCUGUCCCUAGGAUAAGUAGCAUCCCACAGGACCUGUACCAAAAUGGUGAAAAAAACAAAAAGCCAUCAAAAAUAAAAAGUCUCUUUAAGAAGAAGUCUAAGUGAGGUGGGCAGGAGAAACCUAUAGUAAUGUUAUAAGAACUCUGUUUUUUAACUCUUUAAGAAUGUAAUUCCAUUUGAGCAUUCCAGACUGGAUGCCCUAAUGGAAUGCUCUGUAGGUCAACUAUAUUUAACUGACUGUACUGUCAAAGGUCGUGCCAGCUGUCAAUGAGAAAUCAUUAAAAAGUUCAGACAGUUUACA